GGCCCUGUCUCCUUUGUUCCCUCCCUUUCCUUCUUAUUCAGUUGUUCUCCACAUAGUCAUCGUUCAUCUCUUUCGCACCGCACCACAGUACCCAUAAACCCCACCUUCAGAAUGCGUAUUUCUAUUCUCACCGACCAGGGUGACAUUCACACCAUUGAGGUCGAUUCGCAAAUGGAGCUCGAGAACAUCAAGGCUCUCCUCGAGGCUGACUGUCAUAUUCCAGCAGACGAGCAAGUGCUUAUCCACAAUAAUGUUGAGUUGAAGGACCCGAAAUCAACUCUCGAGGGCAACAGCGUCGCACAGGACGACAUCUUGACCCUUCAGAGGCGAUCCAAGAAGCAGCGCACGACUGAUAUUGCAUCGAUCGGUGCAGGGGCCGGCGCUGGACCGUCCAUUCGGCCCGGCCAGAUUUCUCGGAGUGGUGGCGAUCCGCAUGACGCCGAGCAGAUCCGACAGCAUAUCAUUAGCAAUCCUAAUAUGCUCCGUCAACUGCGUGAGGUAAUAGACGGCAGAAAAAAGAAAAAAGAAAAAAAAAAAAGAGACAGACGGUGGAAGGGUGAAAGGUAUUUGGCGAGUAGAGUCGACAUUUCUCUUACAAAAACUUUGGUCAUACUGCAAUAGACACAACCUGAACUGGCAGCGGCUGCUCAGAACGAUCCUAACCGCUUCCAUGAAAUGAUCCGCGAGUUGGACGUGCAGAGACGUAGCGCCGAAAUGGCCCGCAUUCAGGAAAUCGUAUGGUGUUUUAUUCUUUCAUUCA